AUGCGUGCUGAUGAUUCCCCUCGGUCGUCAUGGAAGCAGCAGGUCUGCAAGCUGUUGGAUAUCCAAAUAUUCGAUCUCGGCAACAACACAAUAUCAGGAUCGUUGAGUGAGUGCCUGUCGAAGUUGAAUCCAUUGGUCUUUGAUUUAUCGGCUACCCAUCCGAGAGUCAUGGCUGUCGGCAAAGGCAUUACUGGUGAAUUCCCAACGUCGAUCAUACCAACAUGGUCUAACAUAGCAGAUGGGUACCUCUCAGUAUACUUCCAGUUCUACAUGAGCGGCCACAUAGCGAGUGCUUGUAGUGACGUUCGAUACUGCUACCAGUUCAUGUACGACACUCAUGGUGACCUUACAUGGGCUGUGGCUGGGGGGAUUCCGGAUGUUGUUAUGGAGACUGUUAAUUUGGCAAGAGCAAAGCAGUCUCGCUGA